UAUUAUUUUUAUUUUCCUUUUUUUUUUUUUUUUUUUUUUUUGUAACAGUACUUUCUAGUUUGAACUUUUCACUUCUCUAUCUUCCUAUAAUGAACUAAUAUUGUUUAAUUAAACUUAUAAUUACUUUUCAUCUUUAUUAAACUUUUUUAUUUCUGAUAGUUUUGACUUUUGCAUAAUUGCCAAGUUUCUGAAAUUUCUAACAAUAAAUUUCAUUAAACUAUUUCUGUCACUGUACUGACUUUUUUGAAUAUGGCUUCUUUGCAUGAAAAACUGAAAUAUUUCUGUUUAAUUACUGACAUGCAUUUAAUUAAUACAGAGGCAGCUGCACUCGAGUUUGCCACCGAUGCUGGACUUCUUCCCAGAGAGGAUGAGGCACCACCUUGCCCCAAGUGCCAGGCACCGAUGAGAAGCAACAAGAGAAAGGAAUCAAAGCUGGGAUGGCGUUGGGUCUGCAGCCUGAGAAAUCGCAACAACUGCUCUGGCAUGAUUAACCCCAUUGAAAACACAUUUUUUGAAGGUACAAAAAUCCCAAUAAGGGAAGCUUUAGUCAUAACUGUGUACUUUGUUCUAGAUCACAGUUUCAGCUACAUAAAUCAGCAGCUAAAGCUAUGGAGGGAAAAGCAAAAAUUACCAGUAAUUGCAAAUGAGACUAUUGUUGACUUUUUAUCAUAUUGUCGUGAGGUAUGCGAAAUUUUUGCCUCUCAUCAUAGCAGAAUGUUAGGUGGUAAAGGAAAAUCUAUAUUAAUUGAUGAAACAUUUUUGACCCGCCGCAAGUACAACCGCGGCAGGGUAACCAAAAAUAUGACCAUCGUAGUUUUAGGCAUCUACUGUCGAGAAGACAAAGAAGGAUUAUUUUUCAAGGUUAAAGGAAAAAGCAAAAGGCAUUUGUGGCCUUACAUUAAACGUCAUGUUCACCCAGAAACCACCUUCAUAUACACUGACUCUGCUCCACAAUAUAAAAGGAUAGAAAAUUUAUUUCCGGCAGCAACACAUAAAACUACCAAUCACAAGAAAGGCGUAUUCGUAGAUCCCGAUGAUAAACAGAACACUAUAAAUGAUCUUGAGGGUGAAAACAAACUUUUUAAGAGGUCUAUAAAGAGCAAGAGAACAGAUGAUAUUUGCACGCAGUACAUGGCUGUACAUUAUUACAGGCGGUUCCGCUUGAAGCCCUUUACUUAUGAUGGAGAAAGACUUGCUCAGUUUCUACAGGACAUUAAAGCUGUGUAUCCAGGCCAUGGAAAAGUCGGCCUUGAACUUAAAAUGUUGGACGAACCAACAUCAGAAAGCGAAGGAAUUGAGGACCUGAUGCCUCCAAAGAAAUCAGCCCGACAAGAUGAUGAUAUACCAUUCAUUCAGGAAGAUGAUGAUAAAUGGGAGUAAGGGAACACAGACCAAGUUUUAAAACUGGAAUAAAUGAUAAGAAAAGCAUACAAGUAAAUUGUUUACUAUAAUUUGUGUAAAUGUUCAGAUGGUCCACAAAUUUUGAUUUAAUACCUUUUUGUUUUUCACUACAUGAAAUUGUUAUUUUUUAUUUCCUUUUAGAAUUCAACCAAAAAACAGAGCCCAGAAAACAAAAGGAUGGAAAUGUUGCGAAAAUGUUGCAUAUCUUUUACAGAAAGAGGUAAAUGUGUAUUUCAGUUAUUCUCAACUUUUAUUUUGACGUGAGAGCUAUUCUUUAUAUAUUUUGUUAUUCCUUCAUUAAAAUAAACUUUCUUUCACAGCUGCAGAUCCAAAAUGUCAUGAAAUACUAUGACAGAGGUAAGACAAAAUUUUAACCAUUCACAGCUUAUGUUUCAAAUUAGUGCUUCACUUUAUUUUAAUACUACUCCUUCAGUAAAAGCAACUGUAAAAUUUAUUUAGUUAUUAUUAGUAUAAGUUUACCUACUUAUUUUUCAGUAAAAAAAACUUUAUUGCAAAUUAGGUAAUCCAAAAAAAUAAAUAAAAGAAAGAAGAAAACUAAUUUUGACAGAUAAAUUGACAAACAUAGAGGUGAGUUGAUUAAUUUAAAGGUUUCCAGCCUACUUCUUACCAGAAAACAUUUUAUUGUUAAGGAUAAUUUAUCACCCCUUUCAGGUAAAGAAUAUUGCA